GGCAGGGGGCGGCCCCGGGCUCCCCCCCGCCCCCGGCUCCCCGCGCCCCCGCCCGGGGCUGAGGCGGCCGCGCUGAGCUCAGGCUCCUGCGCUGGCGGGAGGGCGAAGGGGCCUUCGCGGGAGGACCCGACUGCGCCAGCAACAUGGCCGCGUCCAGCCGGGCCCAGGUGCUGCGGCUGUACCGGGCCCUGCUGCGGGAGAGCCAGCGCUUCACCGCCUACGGCUACAGAACAUAUGCCAUCAGAAGGAUAAGAGAUGCCUUCAGAGAAAACAAACAUUUAAAGGAUUCAGAAGAAAUACAAACACUAGUGAAUAAAGCAAGAACAAACCUAGAGAUUAUUCAUCGGCAGGUUACCAUUGGUCAACUCUAUUCAACCCAGAAACUUGUUAUUGAGAGUCCAGAAAACAGAGAUAAUCUGAUCAUCUAGCACCAUGGGACCAUCCUCAGCAUUCUGUAGUGCUGCACAUCCAUAGCAUAUCCAACAUAGUAUGUAUGCACCCUGCCUGAGUUUGAAAAACUUAUCUGUCUAGUAAAAGAUAAAGCUUUUGAGAUGCUCAGUUUUUGGCAACCAAAACAGUCUAGAAUUUCUCUUCUCAUGGUUCAUGCACUAAAAUGUACUGCUAAGCCUACAUUAGCAUGUAAUGUAUUCCUAAUAUCCCCAUUGCUAGUAUUUCAUGUGUAAUGAGACUGUUUCUUGGCCUUAUUUGACAAUAAAAUUCCAUGAACCAAA